AUGCUCUCUAAAAUCCUCACUCGCUCUCCCAAGAGCCAACCUUCUGUCGAGGAGGAGGGCUCAACUGUCGGUGGGCAACUGACUCGUUGCCCCACCCCGGCGACAAAGGUGCUCAAAGGGCGGCGCAGAUCCUCUACAAUGGAGUUUCUGGCCCGCCUCUUUACUCCGACCGCCACUUCCACUUCUCCCAGGGCCCAGAAAAGACAUCUGAAAGCCCAAUACCGGAGGGAAAGAAAAGAGCUUCGGGCCAUCACAGCUGCCAAUACGAAACACAACAUAUGUCCCCCGUAUACCGAGCCUGCUGUCCCCGAAAGCCCCCCAACCGGCGGUCGCUAUCCCAGCGACCUGUUUCCGGGGAAGCACCUCAAACACCGAGAAUACUAG